AUGUCGACAGCAUCCCUCCGCCCAAUCCUACGGAGCACCACUACCUCCCUCAAAUCCCGCUCAAUCCCUUCCUUCACCCUCACAAAAACCCAGCACCGAACUGCCACCGAAAUCCGCCGCCCAGACCGACGGUACCAGUUCGAACAAAUCGUCAUCCUCUCGGACGGUUCAUCCUACAAACAACUUACAUCCUCCCCACAAGGUGUCUUCCGCUCCAACAAGGACGUAAGAAACCACAUCCUCUGGAAUCCGACUUCAGAGUCUCUCGCAAAUGUCGAAGAAGAUGAAGCCGGUCGGUUGAGGAAGUUCCGUGAAAAGUUCGGAACAGGAUUUGAUGCCUCAAGAGCUAUCGCUGAGGAAGCAGGUGAUAAAGAUGCCAUAAAGCAUAUGGAUAAACAUUGGCAGGAUGGUGGAAUGAUGGAAGAAGGAGAUGUAGAGGUAUGGAAGAAUGAGAUUGAGAGGAAGAAGGUGGAAGCCGAGGCUCCAGAACAACCGCCGCAAGAACAGGCCCCAGAAGAAAAUCUGUUCGGUUUGAUCAGUGGUACUUAUGCCGCACCGAAAUUGACAGAUUUCGGUAGGAGAGCCAGACGGGCAAGGAAGAAUGUGGGGAAUGUAACGCCGUCGGAGGGAGGAAGGCCUGAUGAUGAUGGGAAGAAUUAG